UAAUAAGUUUUUCAAUGUCUAAAAAGAAAAACCCUCACCAAAUCUUCAAACAGGCCACCCAGCGUUGAAUAUAAACAAGAUCUUCUUGAGGUCGCUAUAAAACCCUGAUCUUCUUGUACAUUCUGGUCGGUCGAAACAUUCGAACUUGAAGAUCCCCUUGUGAAUCAAAGGCCCGAUAGGCGAAAGGGCGGAAAGUUGGUAUGGAUAUUAAACAAAGAACUCAAAUAUACAACAAUCUGUGUAGUUUCGCGAGAAAAUGUAUUUACAGCAUCCUUUCAGUAGCCACAUUACCGAAUCAUAUCGCCUUCAUAAUGGACGGCAACAGAAGAUACUCAAAGCAACACAAUUUAGUCGACGGGGAAGGACAUAAGGUCGGAUAUUCAUCGUUAAUGUCGAUGCUUAGAUACUGCUACGAGCUAGGUGUGAAGUACGUGACGGUGUACGCUUUUAGUAUAGAAAAUUUCAAAAGAAGCCCGGAAGAAGUCCGAUCGUUAAUGGACUUAAUGGAGGAAAAAAUCGAAGGGUUAAUAAAAGAAGAGAGCCUCGUUAACCAAUACGGCGUUCGCGUUCACUUUGCGGGUAACCUUAAACUGUUAUCGAAACCCGUGCGGUUAGCAGCAGAACGCGCUAUGAAGGCGACUGCUAAAAACUCUAAAGCGGUGUUGACGAUCUGUAUCGCGUAUACUUCCACCGAUGAAAUUUUGCAUGCUGUUGAAGAAUGUUGUGAAGAAAAACGGGACGACGUUAAAGUUUCGAAUGACGGAAAAUACGAAAAAGAUGUGAUUAAUGUUGUAGAUAUUGAAAGGCAUAUGUACAUGGCGGUUGCACCCGAUCCCGAUAUUAUUAUCCGUACAUCCGGUGAGACGCGUUUGAGUAAUUUUCUUUUGUGGCAAAGCAGUAACUGCUUGUUGUGUACGCAGUCUGUUUUGUGGCCCGAAAUUGGUUUUCGGCAUCUGGUUCGGGCAAUUUUGGAAUUUCAACAUAAGUUGUAUUAUUUAAACAAACAGAAGCAGACAUGAAGUGUAAUCUAGGAUUCCUGGGUGUGGUUGUUUUUAACUUCUAUAUCUUGUUGUAUUCUAGUUUUGAUUGUGUUUUUGAACUCGGGUUCGGUUUUUGUAUCA